AUGGCCUACGGCAUGCUGAAGCUCUGCCAGUGCCACGAUCCGCCAGACCGUGAGACAGGUUUCGAGGCUCUGAAGGAGAUCCAGACGGAUGGAGCGGCUCGCGGGAGCGAAGGGAGCGAAGGUGAGACGGAAGGGGAGAAGGGCCCACCAGGUACGCUCUGGGCUUCCGUACGCCAAGUGAGUGCAUGGGUGGGCAAGGCAGAGGUGGGUCAGCUUCAGGUCCUGGCGCGAGUCUACCACCUACUGGAGUACACGGGGAACAAAGCCAAAGUGGCUGCGGCCAUCGCCAAAGUGGUGCGCAAGGGCCACGAAUUCAACAUGGCGCCCAACGCCAUGGAGGCGUGUCGCGAGGCGCUUCUGGGCGGCCUCGAAAAGAUCCUGGAGAAACAUCACAAGAGAUUGGUGCUGGAUCUACAGCAAUGGCUCGAGGAACACCAGGCAGGCGCUGAAGAGGGCACCACGGGCUCCGUUUCGGGCACGACGGGCACUGCGGGCACCAGCAGCUUCGUCUUGUCCAAGCCCCGAGAAAGUGGAUGUAGUGAUCAAAGCCUAGAUAAAAAGAGGUCAUCAUCCCAGCAAGUGUCCAUCAUGUCGCCGAGUCGGGUAACGAAUUUGGACAAGUUGGAUUAUGAGUUGGCUCAAAAGGUCAGCGUGAUGCACCGAGAGAGGCAGUCGCGGCUCUCGCUGGAGUCAGGGCCCAGCGCGGGACCCACGCGGUCGCAGGCAUCAAUGAGGCGCUUGGCCGUGCCAGAGCCCUGUCGGCCCUGCUGCCGAUUUCUGCAGCGCAUCAUUUCCUGUGGUGCCUUUGAGGCCUUCUUUGCCGUGGUCAUCGCCACCAAUUCGCUGUUCAUCGGCAUCACCAUCGAAUGGGAGGCGCGCGAACGGACCUUCACGCUGCCCUCCAGCCUCUUUGUGGUUCAGAUCAUCUACACCCUGCUGUUUCUUUCGGAGGUUGUUAUCAAGUUGGCGGUAUUUGGACCUCGCCACUUCUUCUGCUCCAUCAGUUGGGCUUGGAACUGGUUCGAUUUGGCCAUCGUCGUCUCGGCGGUCUUCGAGGUCUUGGUGGAGAUCAUCGCCCACGACCCCCAACUCUCAGCGGGCUCCAGCAGCAAUCUGCGGAUCCUACGCAUCCUGCGGAUGACGCGACUCACACGGAUCUUCCGCGUGAUCCGAGUGGUGCGUUUCUUUCGUUCCUUACGGACCUUGGUCUUUUCGAUCGUCAACACGCUGAAAUCGCUCUUCUGGGCGAUGCUUCUCUUGGCGCUGAUCAUGUACGUUUUCGGUAUCCUCUUCACAGAUGUGUCCAACAAUCACAUCAUCGAGGGUGGAACUGAUGACAUCGCCAAACUGGAAAGCUAUUUUGGGUCUCUGCAUGUGUCGGUGCACACGCUCUUCAUGUCCAUCAGUGGAGGCCUCACCUGGAUGGAUGCCACGCUGGCACUGGCGCAGAUCAGCUGGAUUUGGGUCUAUGUAUUUUCCUGCUACAUUGCUUUCAGCGUUUUCGCUGUUUUAAACGUGAUGACUGGAGUGUUUUGCCAGUCGGCCAUCAAAGGGGCAGAGAGGGAUCAAGAGAUGGUGGUGCAAUCAUUGAUCAUGGACAAACAUCAGCUGAAGACCAGCUUGGGCAAACUCUUCCAAAAAAUGGACGAUGACCAGUCAGGAAAGUUGACUUUGGCGCAGUUUGAAAAGCAUUUUCAAGACGAAGAGGUGCGCGUCUUGUUCGAAGCCUUGGAGAUCGGGGCCACAGACGCCUGGAGCUUGUUCCUUUCAUUGGACCACAACGAGGACUACCAGAUUGAACCUGCGGAGUUCUUAGAAGGCUGUCUACAACUGCGAGGCUCAGCGAAAGCCAUUGACCUCUUCAUGUUGCGGCGGCAGGUGGCAAAGAUCAUGAUGCAUUUGUCUGCCCGUGACCAGUCCUUUCGGUCCUCGCACACCGAAGUGGGUGAAUCGCUGUGA